CGGAAACCCUAGCUUGAAGUAGCCCAAAGCAUUGGCAUGUGUAUAUAUAUGCAGUUUUGCCCAAACCCUAAGCUCUUAUCGCAGACGCAAAUAUGCAGAUCUUCGUGAAGACCCUGACGGGGAAGACGAUCACCCUCGAGGUCGAAUCAUCGGACACAAUCGACAAUGUGAAGACCAAGAUCCAGGACAAGGAAGGCAUCCCGCCGGACCAGCAGCGACUCAUCUUCGCCGGAAAGCAGCUCGAGGACGGCCGUACCUUGGCCGAUUACAAUAUUCAGAAGGAGUCAACCCUCCACCUUGUCCUCCGCCUCCGCGGUGGUGCGAAGAAGCGUAAGAAGAAGACCUACACUAAGCCAAAGAAGCUGAAGCACAAGCACAAAAAGGUCAAGCUCGCCGUCUUGCAGUUCUACAAGGUCGACGAUUCUGGAAAGGUCCAAAGGCUUCGCAAGGAAUGCCCCAACGCCGAGUGCGGUGCCGGUACCUUUAUGGCUAACCAUUUCGACAGGCACUACUGUGGCAAGUGCGGCCUCACCUAUGUCUACCAGAAGGGUGGUGAUUAAGCUUUUUUAUGAAACCUUUACCUUUUCCAUUAUUAUUACAUCUGGAUGAUUAAAUUUAGCACUUUGUUACUGUUUUGAAUUAAGAUGUUGUGGAUUGCCUUCCAUCUAAGUUAAAUUUCUGGUUUAGACUCUCCUUUUGACUAAAUUUUCUCCAGAAUUUUGAUAUGCGCUGUUUCUAUAACUUUAUGUGCUUAUUGAGAAGUAUUAGAUGCUGAUAAAUGUCUCUUUUUAGCUAAGUAAAUUUGUUGAUAAAUGGUAUGCACUGUGUUUUGAAUGGAAGUAUAUGAUAUGAUGAACUAGGAUAUGUCUAGCUGCCCAUAUACUUUGAAGAGAAGAUGAUAACCUAGUGUCCUUAAUAUUGUACUGUGGAAUUCAUUUGAGCCACAUAUGUUAGGAGGGUUGCCACUUCUUUUCUUCACUCUCUUCUGGUAGGCACUAGGCAAUAAUUCAGUGUUGGAAGAUCUAAAGUUAGGAAUAUUUUAUGAUAAUCCAAUCUUAGGUGUUGAUUUCUGUUUGGAAGCCUUGGCAGCUUUAAUUUCUCUUAGAGUUUGUUUGGAAACAGUGAAGUGCCACAAUUGGGAUGGGGUAGUAGUUAUUUAUGUUCUAGAUUAUUUAUACAUUUAGUAGAUGAAAAUUGAGAGA